GCGCGGGGCGGCGAGACAGCGGCGGCGACGGCGCGGAGGCCCCGGGCGCGGCGCAGGCUCCAAAGAAGAAGAAACAAAGGCCCAGAGAGGUCCAGGUGCAGGGAGCAGGCGAGGGAAGGAUCCGUACAGGGGCCCAACACCACUCCACCAACUGAAGCCCCCAAAAGGAGCCCGGUGAUGCUGCGCAGGCUGUGAACAGGGGAGGCGGCACUGUGGGGGCUGCCGGCAGCCGGGGCUGGGGAGAGACAUGUGGACACGUGGCCUCUAUGGCUCCCGCCUGCCAGAUCCUCCGCUGGGCCCUCGCCCUGGGGCUGGGCCUCAUGUUCGAGGUCACGCACGCCUUCCGGUCUCAAGAUGAGUUCCUGUCCAGUCUGGAGAGCUAUGAGAUCGCCUUCCCCACCCGCGUGGACCACAACGGGGCACUGCUGGCCUUCUCGCCACCUCCUCCCCGGAGGCAGCGCCGGGGCACCGGGGCCACAGCCGAGUCCCGCCUCUUCUACAAGGUGGCCUCACCCAGCACCCACUUCCUGCUGAACCUGACCCGCAGCUCCCGUCUACUGGCAGGGCACGUCUCCGUGGAGUACUGGACACGGGAGGGCCUGGCCUGGCAGAGGGCCGCCCGGCCCCACUGCCUCUACGCUGGUCACCUGCAGGGCCAGGCCAGCAGCUCCCAUGUGGCCAUCAGCACCUGUGGAGGCCUGCACGGCCUGAUUGUGGCAGACGAGGAAGAGUACCUGAUUGAGCCCCUACACGGUGGGCCCAAGGGUUCUCGGGGCCCAGAGGAAAGUGGACCACAUGUGGUGUACAAGCGUUCCUCUCUGCGUCACCCCCACCUGGACACGGCCUGUGGAGUGAGAGAUGAGAAACCGUGGAAAGGGCGGCCAUGGUGGCUGCGGACCUUGAAGCCGCCACCUGCCAGGCCCCUGGGGAAUGAAACAGAGCGUGGCCAGCCAGGCUUGAAGCGAUCCGUCAGCCGAGAGCGGUACGUGGAGACCCUGGUGGUGGCUGACAAGAUGAUGGUGGCCUAUCACGGGCGUCGGGAUGUGGAGCAGUACGUGCUGGCCAUCAUGAACAUUGUUGCCAAACUUUUCCAGGACUCGAGUCUGGGAAGCACCGUUAACAUCCUCGUAACUCGCCUCAUCCUGCUCACGGAGGACCAGCCCACUCUGGAGAUCACCCACCAUGCCGGGAAGUCCCUGGACAGCUUUUGUAAGUGGCAGAAAUCCAUCGUGAACCACAGCGGCCAUGGUAAUGCCAUUCCAGAGAACGGUGUGGCUAACCAUGACACAGCAGUGCUCAUCACACGCUAUGACAUCUGCAUCUACAAGAACAAACCCUGCGGCACACUAGGCCUGGCCCCAGUGGGUGGAAUGUGUGAGCGCGAGAGAAGUUGCAGCGUCAAUGAGGACAUUGGCCUGGCCACGGCGUUCACCAUUGCCCACGAGAUCGGGCACACAUUCGGCAUGAACCAUGACGGCGUGGGAAACAGCUGUGGGGCCCGUGGUCAGGACCCAGCCAAGCUCAUGGCUGCCCACAUUACCAUGAAGACCAACCCAUUCGUGUGGUCAUCCUGCAGCCGUGACUACAUCACCAGCUUUCUAGACUCGGGCCUGGGGCUCUGCCUGAACAACCGGCCCCCGAGACAGGACUUUGUGUACCCGACAGUGGCACCGGGCCAAGCCUACGAUGCGGAUGAGCAAUGCCGCUUCCAGCAUGGAGUCAAAUCGCGUCAGUGUAAAUACGGGGAGGUCUGCAGCGAGCUGUGGUGUCUGAGCAAGAGCAACCGGUGCAUCACCAACAGCAUCCCGGCCGCCGAGGGCACGCUGUGCCAGACGCACACCAUCGACAAGGGGUGGUGCUACAAACGGGUCUGUGUCCCCUUCGGGUCGCGCCCGGAAGGCGUGGAUGGAGCCUGGGGGCCGUGGACUCCUUGGGGCGACUGCAGCCGGACGUGUGGCGGCGGCGUGUCCUCUUCCAGCCGUCACUGCGACAGCCCCAGGCCAACCAUCGGGGGCAAGUACUGUCUGGGUGAGAGAAGGCGGCACCGCUCCUGCAACACGGAUGACUGCCCCCCUGGCUCCCAGGACUUCAGAGAAAUGCAGUGUUCUGAAUUCGACAGCAUCCCUUUCCGUGGGAAAUUCUACACGUGGAAAACGUACCGGGGAGGGAAGGAGUUCCAGGGUGGCCUGGCCCGUGGAGUGACGGGGCCGUGCCCCCCAGGGGGCGUGAAGGCCUGCUCGCUCACGUGCCUAGCGGAAGGCUUCAACUUCUACACGGAGAGGGCGGCAGCCGUGGUAGACGGGACACCCUGCCGUCCAGACACGGUGGACAUUUGCGUCAGUGGCGAAUGCAAGCACGUGGGCUGCGACCGAGUCCUGGGCUCCGACGUGCGGGAGGACAAGUGCCGAGUGUGUGGCGGUGACGGCAGUGCCUGCGAGACCAUUGAGGGCGUCUUCAGCCCAGCCUCACCUGGGGCCGGGUACGAGGAUGUCGUCUGGAUUCCCAAAGGCUCCGUCCACAUCUUCAUCCAGGAUCUGAACCUCUCUCUCAGUCACUUGGCCCUGAAAGGAGACCAGGAGUCCCUGCUGCUGGAGGGGCUGCCCGGGACCCCCCAGCCCCACCGCCUGCCCCUGGCUGGGACCACCUUUCAGCUGCGACAGGGGCCAGACCAGUUCCAGAGUCUGGAAGCCCUGGGACCGAUUAAUGCCUCUCUCAUCGUCAUGGUGCUGGCCCGGACCGAGCUGCCUGCCCUCCGCUACCGCUUCAAUGCCCCCAUCGCCCGUGACUCCCUGCCCCCGUACUCCUGGCACUAUGCGCCCUGGACCAAGUGCUCGGCCCAGUGUGCAGGCGGUAGCCAGGUGCAGGCGGUUGAGUGCCGCAACCAGUUGGACAGCUCCGCGGUCGCCCCCCACUACUGCAGUGCCCACAGCAAGCUGCCCAAGAGGCAGCGCGCCUGCAACACGGAGCCUUGCCCGCCAGACUGGGUUGUAGGGAACUGGUCGCGCUGCAGCCGCAGCUGCGAUGCGGGCGUGCGCAGCCGGUCGGUCGUGUGCCAGCGCCGCGUCUCGGCCGCGGAGGAGAAGGCGCUGGACGACAGCGCAUGCCCGCAGCCGCGCCCACCUGUGCUGGAGGCCUGCCACGGCCCCACUUGCCCUCCAGAGUGGGCGGCCCUCGACUGGUCUGAGUGCACCCCCAGCUGCGGGCCGGGCCUCCGCCACCGCGUGGUCCUUUGCAAGAGCGCAGACCACCGUGCCACGCUGCCCCCGGCGCACUGCUCACCCGCCGCAAAGCCGCCGGCCACCAUGCGCUGCAACUUGCGCCGCUGUCCCCCGGCCCGCUGGGUGGCUGGCGAGUGGGGUGAGUGCUCUGCACAGUGCGGCUUAGGGCAGCAGCAGCGCUCCGUGCGCUGCACCAGCCACACGGGCCAGGCGUCACACGAGUGCACGGAAGCCCUGCGGCCGCCCACCACGCAGCAGUGUGAAGCCAAGUGCGACAGCCCGACCCCCGGGGACGGCCCUGAAGAGUGCAAGGAUGUGAACAAGGUCGCCUACUGCCCCCUGGUGCUCAAAUUUCAGUUCUGCAGCCGAGCCUACUUCCGCCAGAUGUGCUGCAAAACCUGCCAGGGCCACUAAGGAGCGCGCGGCACCCGGAGCCACAGCUGGCGGGGUCUCUGCCUCCAGCCCUGCAGUGGGCUGGCCAGAGGGGGCCCCAGGGGGGCGGGAACUGGGAGGGAAGGGUGAGACGGAGCCGGAAGUUAUUUAUUGGGAACCCCUGCAGGGCCCCUGGCUGGGGGAUGGAGAGGGGCUGGCUGCCCCCCCGAGGGCCCCUCUUCAGCAUCCCCCGCUUCCAGUUCACGUAGAGAGACCCCCUCCAGGGUGGGUCUGGGGAGGGGGCAGCUGUUCACCCCAGCACCCUUUGCACCCACCCUUAGGGAGUCCCCAACACUCCCCCCCUCCUUUGAUGGGAAUAUGUACUGUGAAGAGUAGGGGUGGGGAGGGGGUCUGCCAGUGCCCUGCCCCCCAGCACUGCCCUACCCCUCCACUCCGAGCUGGGGGGAGUCUGUGUCUGCUAUGGGAGACGGGGGGGUAGCACCACCUCCCUGACACCUUCCCCUGACCUGACCAGGGGGAGGAUCCACCCCAACCUCUGCCCUGCCUGCCCCAGGGGCACCCCAACAUCCAGGCCACCCCCUCAUGGUGCUACAGACCCUGCCCUGGGGCCCACACACUCCUGCCAGGAAGCCCUACAUCAGUAAAGUUCUGUCUUGUGUAGAUUUCUACGA